GACUGUGAAUUUCUUGUGGCCACAGAUCUCGAGGCGCCCGACACCUCGGCUGCUUCGGUCCAACCCGACUCGGGGACCCCCGCAGAGCCACGGGUGAUUCCGGCGCUGGUUGUUGGCUUCAUGGCUAUGGCAUUGAUGGCUGCUUCACUUCUCCUCCUGGAUUUGGAAGAAGAGCGCCAGGGGAAGGCUCGUUGGCGCUUGUUGCAGGCUGCGGGUGGAGGUAGCGCCGUCGGAUCCUGCUGGUUAAAGUGUGGUGCCGCUGUGGGCAAGGCCGUGCACUGGAUUGGCACCUUCAUCGCUCGGACCUUUGCCAGUGCGGGCCGCUGCAUUCACUCCAUCUUUGCCUCGGUGAACUCAGGCUUUGGGGAUUGCUGCGGGGCCGUUGGCCACCAACUGGGCCGAUGUCCGGGCUGUGGAGGAUGGUGUUCUCACUGCUGGAUGGCUUCCGGUCGAUGUAUGGGCGGCAAGGAAGUCCUGGCCCCAGCACUUUCUGCCCUGACGACUGCGAUCGACUUGGCAAGCCAGGGCAUCAAUGCUCAGGCCUUCAAGUUCAACAGCUUGACUAUGGAGUCGGACAAGUACAUUAGCAUCAAGGACACCGCUGCGGACGGCACGGCGCAGGUGGUCGUCGUGGACAUGCACAACAACAAUGCCGUGAGCAAGCGCCCGAUGAAGGCUGAGGCCACCUUGAUGAACCCGGCUGACAACAUUAUCGCCUUGAAGGCGACCGAUGUGGGAAAUGCAAUGCAUGGUUUGGCUGUUAGUUGCUACGAGGCUGCGACGGAAGGCCAGGCAGGACAUUUUGUGCAGAUCUUCAACCUCGACUCCAAGGAGAAGCUCGGAGUCUACCAGUGCCCCGAGCAGAUCGUGUUUUGGCGUUGGCUGGCACCCAGGCUCCUGGCCCUCAUCUGCGCCCAGGUGUCGACUUUGAGAAAUUCAGAUACACUUGUCGUAGGCCCCGGGCUCCCCGUCUUGCGCGGCAAGGACGUCUAUCACUGGAACCUCUCCGUGGCAAACAGCCAGCCGGAGAAGAUUUUCCAGCGGGCUGGGAAGCUUGCUGAAGCAGGAACACAGAUCAUCAACUAUUCUGCGAACAGCCAGGUGUCGUGGUGCUUGCUGACAGGCAUCUCCUCACAG